UGACCGCAGCCUCGGUAGGAAAAAGUUGCAUUCCUUAGAAUUAUGCAUAGACUCGUGUCUGACAUAAUCGGGGAAAUAUAUAGGCCACUCCUUCCGAGGGUUUUGCUUAAAACCCUGAUAGAAUGAAUGGGCGUUGAAGCUCGAUCCACAGUAGAAGGGUUUUCCUAAAACAUAAAGCCAUUCACUGUCUUUAUUAUUACAGGCAAUGGAGCGAAAACCCUGUAUCGUAAAGCUCAAUGGGUCUGUGAACCUGUAAAUGCUCUACAUUUAGAAUCUCACAGCUUGCUUUAAGAUGACAUAUACAGCUAUAGUUCGAAGGUUUGUAAAGCCAGGGCUUACAAUGCUCUCGAGGCCACCAGUCUUGCAGAAUGCUGGUAAAAAUUGUUGCCCCGCCUUGCUUUUGGCUGGUAAUUCUGCAAAAUCCAGCAGGUUAGGGAGCUUGAGAAUUGUCAGGAGUAGACAUUUUGUUGCAUUGGGGAAUAACGGUUCCUCGAGUUGGAAGAAGAGAACAAGGGCAAUUGUUUGUUUUCAGGGAUUAUUGCCAUUUACUGCACAGAGCAAAGACAUCAGUUAUAGAAUUGCGACCGAACAGUUUUCGGAUGAUGAGUACGAGCCAGUGGAGACUACUAACGCAAAGGUUUCUUCCUCUGCUGCCAAUAUUGAUGAAUGGAAAUGGAAGCUUAGCAUGCUUAUUCGCAACAAGGAAGAGCAGGAAAUAGUCUCAAAGGAUAAAAAAGACAGACGGGACUAUGAGCAAAUAGCAGCAAUUGCCACUAGAAUGGGUUUAUACAUCCAGCAAUAUACAAAACUUGUGGUGGUGAGCAAGGUCCCAUUGCCCAACUACAGACCGGAUUUAGACGAAAUGCGUCCACAGCGGGAGGUUGUCAUUCCUCUUGGACUGCAAAAACGAGUUGAGAAUCUUCUUCGACAACAUCUUGUUAGAAAACAGAACAAUCCAUACCUGUUUCCUGAUGCUCAUAAAGGCAGGACAAAGGACAGCCUGAUUUGUAAUGAAGAUGGGCUUUUGGAGCAAGAUGCAUUUAAAAUGCCUAGAAAGACUGUCCAUGAAAGCAUUCUUAGGCACAGGAGUAUUGAAAUUCGGAAUAAACAGCGAGCCUGGCAGGAAACGCCUGAAGGCCAGGAGAUGCUAGAAUUCCGAAGAAGCCUUCCUUCUUACAAGGAAAAAGAUGCAUUGCUGGAAGCUGUUGAAAGAAAUCAGGUAGUAGUUGUAUCAGGUGAGACUGGCUGUGGUAAAACAACACAGCUUCCUCAGUACAUUUUGGAAACUGAAAUAGAGUCUGGCCGUGGGGCAAUGUGUAGCAUCAUCUGUACACAACCUAGACGCAUAUCUGCCAUGUCUGUUUCUGAAAGAGUUGCUGCGGAGAGAGGCGAAACACUGGGUGAAUCGGUAGGUUACAAGGUUCGCUUAGAGGGCAUGAAGGGGAGGAAUACACGCUUGCUUUUUUGUACAACUGGUAUUUUGUUGAGAAGAUUGCUUCUCGAUGCUGAAUUAGAUGGUGUAAGUCAUGUAGUUAUUGAUGAAAUACAUGAGCGUGGCAUGAAUGAAGAUUUUCUUCUGAUUGUAUUAAAGGGCCUUCUCCCUCGGCGACCAGACCUCAAGUUAAUAUUGAUGAGUGCAACCCUUAAUGCAGAACUGUUUUCAACUUACUUUGGUGGAGCACCUACAAUCCAUAUACCAGGUUUUACACAUCCAGUGAGAGAGUAUUAUCUGGAAAAUAUAGUAGAGAAGAUAGGUUAUAAACUUACACAAUCUAACCAAUUGGAUGAUUAUGGACAAGACCAAGCAUGGAAAAUGCAGAGACAAGCACUUCGGAAGCGGAAGACUCAGCUUGCUGCCCUUGUUGAGGAUGCUGUUGCAAAUGCUAACUUUGACCAGCAUAGUUCCACUACACGCAAUUCUUUGGCUUGUUGGAAUCCUGAUUGCAUAGGCUUCAAUCUCAUAGAAGCGGUCUUAUGUCAUAUUUGUAGAAAUGAAAGAGCAGGUGCCGUAUUGGUGUUUAUGACAGGAUGGGAUGAUAUUAAUUCUUUAAAGAACCAACUCAUUUCACAUCCUCUUCUAGGAGAUCCAACCAGGGUUCUGCUGCUUGCAUGCCAUGGAUCAAUGGCUAGUUCAGAGCAGAAAUUAAUUUUUGAAAAGCCGCCCCAUGAUAUCCGAAAAAUAGUACUUGCGACAAACAUGGCAGAGACAAGCAUUACCAUCAAUGAUGUUGUUUUUGUCGUUGACUGUGGGAAAGCCAAAGAAACUUCUUAUGAUGCGUUGAACAAUACUCCUUGCCUACUUCCUUCUUGGAUAUCAAAAGCUUCUGCCCGGCAAAGGAGAGGCCGAGCUGGUCGUGUUCAACCAGGUGAAUGCUAUCAUCUUUAUCCAGGAUGUGUAUAUGAUGCUUUAGAAGAGUAUCAGUUACCUGAGCUUCUGAGAACACCUUUACAAUCUCUUUGUUUGCAAAUUAAAAGCUUGCAGCUUGGAAGCAUUGUAGAAUUCUUGUCAAGAGCUUUACAGCCACCGGAGCCUCUUUCGGUUCAAAAUGCAGUUGAAUAUUUGAAGACUAUUGGAGCUCUUGAUGACAAGGAAAACUUAACUAUUCUUGGACGCCACUUAUCAAUGCUUCCUGUGGAGCCUAAGUUGGGUAAGAUGAUUAUCAUGGGUACACUUCUCCAUUGCUUGGAUCCCAUCCUUACAGUUGCAGCUGGUUUGAGUGUUAGGGAUCCUUUCUUGCUACCUCAUGACAAAAAGGAACUUGCAGAUGCAGCAAAAGCAAAGUUUUCUGCAACUAGUGAUCAUAUGGCCCUUGUCCAUGCAUAUGAGGGCUGGAAAGAUGCACAAAGAGAUGGAUCGGUUUAUGAUUAUUGCUGGAGAAAUUUUCUGUCAACACAAACUUUGCAAGCCAUACAUUCUUUGCGCAAACAGUUCCACUUUCUGCUAAAGGAGGCCAAUUUGUUGGAUGGUGAUGCUGAUGUCUUAAAUGAGCUGAGGGAUAAUCAAGCUUUGGUGGAGGCAGUUAUAUGUGCUGGUCUUUUUCCUGGGGUAGUUUCUGUUGUGAAUAAGAAAAAAUGUAUUUCUAUGAAGACUAUGCUAGAUGGUCAGGUUCUGCUUUGUGCUAAUUCGGUGAAUGCGCAAAAGGAAAAUAUUCCCUGCCCCUGGAUGGUGUUCUUUGAGAAAUUUAAAGUCAAUUCAGUAUUUAUUCGUGAUUCAACAGGAAUCUCAGAUUCUGUCUUACUGCUUUUUGGAGGUGCACUUACUCGUGGAGAAGUAGAUGGUCAUUUGAAAAUGUUAGAUGGAUACUUGGAGUUCUUUAUGGAACCUGAUUUAGCAGAGAUCUAUUUGAAGCUCAAAGAUGAGCUUGAUGACCUGAUUCAAAAGAAGCUUCAAAACCCUAGUAUGGAUAUUCACAAAGUUGGUGAUCAUCUAUUGCAAGCUGUUCGAGAGCUCUUGUCUGCAGAUAGAUGUGAAGGGAGGUUUGUGUUUGGCUGUGAAGUCCGUGAGUCCCAAGUCCAGAAAACCAAAGUCAAGAAAUCUAAAGACAUGAAUGUUAAUGAUGCAAGUUCCAGUCAAAAUCCCAAAAGUUUAUUACAAACACUGGUGUCAAGAGCAGGAUAUGGUCAACCUCGAUAUAAGACAAAGCAUAUGAACGAUAAUCAAUUUAGAGCAAUGGUGGAAUUUAAUGGGAUGCAGUUUGUGGGAAGACCAUGUUACAAGAAAAGGUCUGCAGAGCAAGAAGCUGCAAUGGAAGCAUUAGCAUGGCUAACUGGUGCAUCACGUUCAUUGCCUGCCGGGAAAAAUAAUAAGGCAAUGCCACUUAAGAAAACGAAGAAAAAGGAGCAUGAACUGGUAAAAAGUGCUGCUUCUCGUUGGUAGUUCCCAAGAGAACUAGAAAAAACAUGAAAGUUGAUAUUCUUUUCUGGAAGGUUGAGUCCAGAAUUUAUGCUUUAUGUACAACUUUGUGAAAUAUGCAGAUUCAGUUGCAUCUGGGUUUUUAUUGUUCUGAGGAAGCUACAACCAAGCACAAAAAUGUCUCGUCUUGCGAAUAAAAAAUAAGCUUUUGAUAGUCAAGAUGCCUACAGUUGGUGCAAGUUCUGAUUUAUUCAUUGCAUCGUUUGUGGGCUUGACAGCCUGUGAACCAUUCAGAUUGAGGGGAUUGUCUAAAUCAGGCUUCUGAGACAGACAGUUGUAGCAUCCAAUUGUUAAGUUAUAGAACUUUGGGCUACUUGUUACAGAAUUCCUUCCCUUGAAAAUGGUUCCAGCAUAGGAGUUAUUUAUUUAGAAUUCUAGGGAAUUCUUAUUUUUUCCUACUUCAUGGAGUAGCAUUUGGGGAGAAUGGAAGAGUAAUUGCAAGAGAGGUUAUGCCAUUUUUCUUUCCCAUAUCUACAAGGAGGGAGCUACCAUGUGAUAGUCCUGGUUUCAUAUACAGUUGAUGCAACUUCCAGAUUUAUUUUACAUCAUCGAGGUACAGAGCAAAUCUUUUCUGGAUUUGACAGAUAUAAUUGUCAAUCCCGUGUAUCAUUUUUAUAAUUAUACUUCCCAAACAUAAUGGAUGGUGAAUUGUACACUUUUGGAAGCCAAGCUAAUCCCAUAAUGGUAAAUAUUUUCUUUUUGUCUUC